AUGUCCGAAGCAGACAAGGCAGCGGAAAGAGCCAAGCAGGCUGAAAGAGCUCGCAAACUUCUGGCGCAGCGGAAGAAGAAGAAGGCUGCUGCCGGUACAGCUACCCCGGGAUCACCAGCCUCUGGUAUAGACACAGCAACUGGGCCCUCGGCGAGGACGAGUCUGAGCUUGGAUGAUUCCGCGAGGGCGGAGUUGGAGAAGGGAGAGAAGAACGUGACUGAGGGACAAGGGAACGAGGGGAAGGAUGGGGAAGCGGCUGAGAAGGUGGUCGUGGAUGAGAAGGAAGAGAACGUGGAGAAGACCGAGACGGAAGUGAAGGUGGAAGAACCGGCUGCCACUGCUCCCGAAGCUACACCAUCGCCCACGCCCGCAGCCGACGAUACACCUACCGAACCCCCCGCCGAGCCCUCAGCCGAGACGUCAGAGGCCCCCAAAGAAUCCAAAAAGAGCAAGAAGAAGGCGAAGAAGGAGAAACAGGCGGAAGCAGCAAAGGCGGCUGAGCGUGACGAGGCUGAGGAUGAGGAGGACGAAGGUGGUGCCAAAACGGAGCUGCCGGACGAGCCUGAGCCCGUGGAACUCGCCCCCGAGACGAUUGAAGAGCCGAAGGACGCUCUGCCCGAGACGACAGAGACCACCCCUACCCCGAAAUCCACAGAAUCCCCCCAGCCCGCUGAACCGGCAUCUCCGUCAAAGCCUUCCCCUGACAGCUCAUCCCUCGCAAAUCUCCAAGAAACAGUCUCCCUUCUGAUCGCCGAACGAUCGGAUCUCCAAGGUCAGCUCGCCUCUGUCAAGAGAGAGCUGGCGACUGCUCAAGGAGAUAGCCAACUGCUGGAAGAAGGGCGAGCGCUCGUAGCGCGCCUGGAAGAGGAGAAGAAGGACUUGGAAAAGCGGUUAGAAAAGGCAGAGAGUGAUGCUGGAAAGGUGGAGGGGUUGGAGAAGGAUGCUGCUCGUGCUACGAGUGAGCUUGAGAGCUUGAAGGGUGAGAAGGCGGAUCUGGAAGAGAGACAGGCAAAGCUGGAAGAAGAGUUGAGAGUGAGAGAACAAGAAGGGAAAGAAAAGGUGGCAGAGCUGGAAAAGUCUCUGGAGAGAUCGAGAGAACGAGAAGGUGGACUCGAGGCCGAGGUCACACGGUUACGGCAGACCAACAACGAGCUUUCCUCUUCACUUGCCACCAUCACCGCCGACCUCGAUGCCUUAAAGACUUCUUCUUCUGUCACUUCUCAAACUCUUGCCGACCUCCAAGUCGCCCACGAGACCCUGACGUCGACGCACGAAUCCCUGUCAUCAGAGCACACCACUCUGAAGGGAACGCACUCUGAACUCGUCGGGAAGCACUCCGACCUCACCAAAUCAAGCUCGGAAUUGUCCACUCAGAUCUCUUCCCUCCAGUCCACCCAUUCAUCUCUUCAAUCCGAACUCGAGACUACCAAGUCCAAGCUGGGUGCUGCGACCAAGAAGCAAGAACAGACCGAGAAACGAAAAGACGCUUUGCAGAAUGACAAUGAGGAGCUGGUGAAGCAGCUUGAAGAGGUUAGAGGGAAAGUGGUGACGGCUAUGGAGGAGAAGGCUGGGAUGGCGGAGCAGGUCGAGAGCUUGGAGAGGAAGGAGGCGGCCUGGGAGAAGCAAAAAGGCGAGCUGGAGCAUCAAUUAGAAACUCGAACUGCUGAGAGCCAUGACAUUCACGAACAAGUCACAUCAUUAGCCGAGGAGAACCGUGCUCUGUCCUCUCAGAUCUCGACUCUGCAAGAGGAACACACCUCCCUUCAGUCCACCCACUCUUCUCAAAAAUCCCUGGUGCAAACUCUCCGCGCCGACAUUGCCUCUGCCCGAGCUGCCAUACCCCUCCCCGUCUCUCCCCUCGUCCACACAGACGCCACUCUCCCUGCAACCACAAACGGCAGAGACGAAGCCAUCGACGACCCCGAAAGCAUUGUGGCCAUCCAAGCUGCCCACGCCCUCGAAGUAUCCGACCUGACCUCGCACAUCCGCACGAUAGAAGCACAGCUCCACGCGCAAAUGUCGAAAGUGCACGAAUUGUCAAGACAGGUCACGGAUUUGCAGCCUGCUUCUGCUUCGUCCUCGAGAACAGCGGGAGCGAGGGGAUACUUUAUCUCACCGGCCGAAGAGCGACCUGGGUCGCCUGAUUCGGCGGUUGUGUCACCGGGGACGCCGAAGAAGAGGCUCAAUCCUGUUGAUGCUAUUCUUCCUGCUGCGGUCCGCCAUAAAAGACAAGUCUCGCUCACGGCAUUGAAGGCGAGGAUGGAGGUAUCGUCUCCGAAGGCGUCAACCCCUUCAAAGAUGAACCUGGUAUCAGAGAGUGCAGAGGGAGAAGGCCGUAGAGGAAGUGAGACGGGAACUGAGAGGGUGCACGUGCAGCAGAGGAUCCAGUUUGGAGAAGAGAUCAUGUUCUGUUGCCCUGCUUGUGACGGUGAUCUUAUCAUAUUGUAA